AUGGGGCCAGCCCCUCGAUAUCCUGUAUGCUCCGGUAACUACCAGUCCCAACAACGCCAAUACCCGACGCAAAAAUCACUGGUCUGCUCUAAGCAGCUUCUGGCACUAGUUGAGACCCAAGAUAACAGCCAGUAUAAGCGGAUUCGACUUAUUGUCUAUGCCGUUAUUGCCAACGCCAUAAUACGACAUGGAAGCCAAGAUCGCACAUUAGCUGCAAGACCCUUGGCACUCGUACAGAGACUCGCUCAACUCCACCUCUAUACGACAGAAGAUAUAUACGGUCUCUGUGGUAAUACACCUACACCGGCGUCACUUGCCAAAGCAAUUCAACGUCCAGGUGACUCAAGAGCGUAUAACACACGAUGUUGCAGGAACUUUCUCGUAGAUUGUGAUAUUACGCUUCGAGUACUCCGUCAUUUACCUGACGGCCCUCGUCCAAGUAAAGUAUUUGCAAGUGCUUUCCAUAACUGGGUCAUUGGAGAGCACCAACUAGAGGACCUCACAGUUGCUAAGGUCCGGAAGCCCCUGGACCCGACUUCUGGAAACGAGAACUAA